AUGGUCUCGGUUAGUGACCCGGCCGAGAUCCUAAAUCUAUAUAGCUUCACUGGGAAGUUCGUGAAGUCUGACUUUUACCACGUCCUCCUAUUCUACGCCAAAGGCAAGCCAGUACCCACUAUCUUCGCAACACAGAACGAAAAUCUGCACCGAAUGCUCAAGAAGCCGAUUGCAGGCAUCUACUUGAUGAGUAAUCUAAUGUCUUUUAAGCCCUAUGUUGACACGACCAUUAGCUACUUCUUUGCCCGACUGGACAAGCUUUUCGUACAGACGGGCGAUGUGUGUGACUUAGGCGCCUGGUUGCAAAUGUUUGCAUUUGACGUUAUGGGAGAACUCACUUUCUCCAAGCGCUUGGGUUUUCUGGAGCGAGCAGAAGAUGUCGAUGGGAUCAUGGGAUCCAUUUGGCAUUACUUCCAUAAGACGUCCCCGGUCGACUGGCUAUGGGCCAAAAAUCCCAUCCUCCAACGCCUACAGUCCGUUCGCAUGAACCCCAUCGUUGGAUUCGGGCUCGCGCGCAUUGCAGAACGCAAAAGUGCGGCCAAAAACCCCUCCGACAAAGAGUCUUCGACCAACUCUCGUGAUUUCCUUUCGCGCUUCCUUGAAGCCCAAGCCAAGGACAAGUCCAUCCCACCCUGGGCCCUUAUAGCACGGACAACCUCCAACGUAACCGCCGGAAGCGACACGACCGCGAUCCUCCUCCGUACCACGAUCCAUAGACUUCUUUCGCACCCGGCCACCCUUUCCCGCCUCCUGUCCGAAUUGGCCUCCCUCCCGCACUCCGCACCCUCCACUCCUGCAAGCGCACUCUCUCCCCUAACUCGACGCGUGCAUCAAAGAAGCUGGGCGUCUGCAUCCGCCCUUCGGGCUGCCGCUAGAACGGGUCGUGCCGCCCGAGGGAGCGACAGUGUGUGGGCAAAGGUUUGA